AUGCAAUGUCGACGAGCUUUUUCCCGUAUUCGACUGGAAUACCCUCUGCGCAUAAGGCGCGCAUUCUACUCCGGGCUAACUGUUCAGCCGUGUGCCCUACUUCUCCAUGUGCUCUUUAACGUAUACCUUCAUCCACUCCGGGGAUAUCCCGGUCCAUGGUUAUGGGCAGCUACUCGGCUUCCUUGGUGCUGGUAUCAAUUCCACGGCACCCUCAACCAGAAACUUCUUGCGUUGCAUGAACAAUACGGACAGGUUGUUCGAGUAGCCCCGAAUGAACUCUCCUUUACGACCGCCACGGCAUGGAAAGCCAUCUACGGUCCACGUUCCGACGAGAUGCCUAAAGACCCGGUGUUCUCGCUGCUUACCCCCACGGGUGUGCCGAAUAUCCUGACCGCUGAUCGAGCGACACAUACCAGACAUAGACGGCUUCUCUCUCACGCGUUCUCAGAGAAGGCUCUCCGUGAGCAGAAUGGCAUCAUCGAGGGAUACGUCAAACAACUAAUAACUCAACUCUCGAGACGAGCAAACGACGGCCCUCUCAACCUUUCCCAAUGGUUCACUUACUUCGCCUACGACGUAAUCCGGGACCUCUCCUUCGGCGAGCCCUGCACCUGCCUCGAAACCGGGACCCCAGACGCAUUCGUGUCCUCCCUCCCCUCCAUAUCCAAAGAACUCAUUCUUUUCCAAAUGCUCAAAUACUACAGACUCACCUGGCUCCGACGUCUCUUCAUGCCCACAUCUGUCUCCGGCGCUCGCGCCCGAAACAUCGCCCGAGUAGUCGACACCGUCACCCGACGCACCGAGCGCCGCACCGACCGCAAAGACUUCCUGCACUAUAUCCUCGCAGCCAUGGAGACGGAGAAAAGCAUCAGCCGCGAGGAAAUCAACGUGAAUGCGUUCUCUUUCAGUAUCGCUGGUUCCGAGGCGACUGCCACUGCGCUGGCCGCGCUGGUGUUUUACAUCUGCACUCAUCCGCGGGUCUAUCGCGUCCUGGUGGCUGAGAUUCGAGAUAGGUUUGCGCACAAUGCAAAAGUUACCUUAGCGACUGUGAAUGAACUCCCGUACUUGAACGCCGUUCUAACUGAGGUUCUUCGCAUCCACCCCCCUGUCGCGAUUACCCUUCCGCGUGUGGUGCCUAGCACAGGUGUCUUUUUGAAUGGUCGAUUCAUUCCGCCCGGAACUACCGUGGGAGUAAACCACUUCUCGACGUACCGUGCUUCUCGGAAUUUCCAUCGUCCUGGGGACUUCGUGCCUGAGAGAUGGUUAGUUGAUCGGCCUGCUGAGUUUGAGAAUGAUGCCAGGGACGCGUUCCAGCCGUUUUCAUUCGGGCCACGGAACUGUCUGGGGAGGAAUCUAGCGUGGGCGGAGAUGCGCAUGGUGGCUGUGAGGUUGUUGCUGGGGUUUGACCUGUCCUUGGUUGGAUGCGAGAGGUGGGAUGAGCAGCGGAUUUGGGGGUUUUGGGUGAAGACGCCGCUGUGGGUGCAGUUGAGGGAGGUUUCGUGUGUGGAGUGA